UUAGGUUGUGUCCACCCAGACAGCUCGUUUGUUGAGGUACCUGCUGAUAAGAGGGUUUACGACUCCGAUUAUAUGUGUCUUUUGCAGGUCUAGAGACGUGGCAGCUUUCGUGCUACAUUGAAGAGGUAGUGCACACCGCACUCUUGCGUUGCAAGCGCUUCAGUUGCAGACACAAUGGUGGCCUCCUUGGCUGCUGGCACCAGCAGUGUCAACGGCUGCGACGCGUCUAGUCCCAUCCUGGUGUUCUACGCCGCCGCACUCAGCUCUAUCCUUCGGGAUCACGAGGCGCAGAAGCAGAGUGCCAGCGAAAGGGAAAGAGACGAGAGGACCGAAUACGAUUACAUUGUGGUUGGUGGCGGGGCCGCUGGGAGUGUCCUGGCAGCAAGGUUGUCCGAAGAUCCUGCUACCAAGGUCCUGCUGCUUGAAAAGGGGGGCCAUGAGGCUCCUGAGGCCAGAGUUCCCGGACUUAUGAUUAAUAACAUAGGCAGCGCAAUGUCAGAGCUCUACAAAGCCGUGCCAGAGCCGCAAAACUGCAACGGUACCGGCUGUCUGCUCAACGUCGCAGCGGUGCUCGGCGGCGGCAGCACCAUCAACGGCAUGGUGUUCGUGCGGGGCAGUGACGUGGACUUUGACACGUGGGCGAACCUCACUGGAGACGACCGCUGGAGCUACCGCAACGUCCUCCCGUACUUCAAGAAGUCAGAGGACAACUUGGAUUUUGCCGUCAAUUGGGACAGACGGUUCCAUGGCCACGGCGGCCCCCAAAAAGUGUCCUGGGAGAGCUACCGGCAUCCCGCUAUGACGCCACUUGCUGCGGCACUCAACAAGCUGGGACUUCCCUAUCGGCGUGACGUCAAUGGUCGGGCACAGCUGGGCCAAACCAUUGCGCAAUCCACCCAGGUCGACGGAGAGCGAUGGAGCACCUAUCGGAGCUACCUUGAACCAGUAGUAGCAGAACGGUCAAACCUCCGAGUAGAAACGUUCGCUAUCGCUCGGAAAGUUCUUCUUGAAGAAACGGUGGCUGGUCUUCAAGCAGUUGGUGUGAAGUACGAAAAUGCAGGAGGCCAGGUGAUCGAAGUUCGUGCUUCAAAGGAGGUUAUAGUUUCUGCCGGAGCCCUAAAUAGUCCACAACUUCUGCUCCUCUCAGGCAUUGGACCCUCAAAGCACCUAAAGACACUCGGCGUGCCGGUGGUGGCGGACCUGCCGGUAGGCGAGGGGCUGGAGGACCAUACGGGCGUGCUGGGUAUCCGGUACAAGUGCGGGCCGCCUCUGUGCGCCUUCGACUGGGAGACCCGGCAGGAGGACCUCCGCCAGUACAAAAGCAGCCGCGAGGGCGCCCUGGCCGCCACCAACAUGAUGCAAUUGAUGGCCUUCUUCAGGUCCAAGCUAGCGAAGCCCGGGACAGGGCACCAGCCCGACCUGCAGCUGCUCUUCUUUGGCACAACCCAGACCGAGGAGAUAGGACCAUUGUGCCUAGCCGGGGACUCGUGGCGGGUGAACCGUGUGAUCGUGGGCGUGUCGCUCCUGCGCCCCGAGAGCAAAGGCUGGGUGCGCCUCAACGCUUCAGACCCGCACGGCACGCCGCUAGUCAACCUCAACUUCUUCGGCGACGACCAGGGCCACGACCUGGCCACCACCGUCGAGGGUCUCAGGGUCGCAGUCAGGAUGGAGGAGCCACUCAGGAACACGGGGCUCACCCUCGACACAACCAGCAACCCUCAGUGCGCUGACUUCCCCAUGGGAUCUGACGAUUUCUUACGCUGCGUGGCGCGGACAACAACGACCACAGCCUGGCAUUGGACCGGGACCUGCCGCAUGGGGCGGGACGACGACUCGAGCGCCGUGGUGGACUCGCAGCUCCGGGUGCGCGGCGUCAGAGGGCUGCGCGUGGCGGACGCCUCCGUCAUGCCCACCAUCCCCAGCGGCAACACCUUCGCGGCCACCAUAAUGGUAGCCGAGGUGGCCGCCGACCUCAUCAGGCGCGGCGAGUAGCUGCGGACUUGUGACCAAUUAAAUUAACAUUCUCACGCAGCGUGAGUCAUUCA